AUGGGCGUGAGAGGGCGUCGUUCUCUCAGGGCUUCAUUUCAUGACUUGGACGUCGUUUCACAGACCGUCGCUUCCUCCAGCCGCCCAUAUACCUGCGACAAAUGCACCAGAGUAUUUACCAAGACGGGCGACUUGAAAAACCAUAAGCCGCUCCAUUGGACGAAGGAAGAACGGGAAAAAGUAAUGUACAAAUGCCCCAAGUGUCCGCGAAUAAUGCUACGGAGAUCCGAGUUGCGACAUCAUAUUAACCGGAGUCACAAGAAGAUAGUCUGCAGCGAGGUUAACUGUACUUUCACAACGACGAGGCCGGCGAGUAUGAGAUGGCACAAAACGAGCCACUGCAAUGCACCAGAUCUCUGCGUCGAACGCCAGUGCACACCGACCAGUAAUGACCUUGGCAGUGGCACCGUGUUACCGCCACGUAUGUUUCCCGCUACUCCCCAGCAUCAGUUAUCCCCGGACCCUUCGACGAGCGCUACUACUUGUGGCUCUGUGUUUGGAUGUUCAAAUUCCUCCUCUACUCCCAAUCAUACAACACUGUGUCCAUCUUCAUAUCUUCCAACACUUUCCAAUACCCCCCUGCCGUGCUCUUCAGCUUCUCUGCUCCAACUCCCAGCAGAACUGUUUAUAGUGGGUCCGAGGAAAUACCGGCUGCCUCCGAUCAUUGAUGCAUAUUAA